AUGGAGGAAAUCCGGAGCCGCACCGUGAAAGGCCUCGCUGAUUUGAAGGGCUUUUUCAACCUGACUGUGAAGGAAGGCGACAGCUCGAAGGCCACAGCCGCAGCAGAAGCGGCCAACGCGGAGACUUUGCUUCCAGAUGAGACUGAAUUUCAGCAUGCUGCUAAAACUAAUAAUCUGGACACUAUGGAAAGGUUAUUUAAGAAAAGAGUUAAUAUUAAUGCUGUAAAUGUUUUGAAACGCACAGCCCUCCAUUUUGCUGUUGCAGGAAAUCAUAUAUCGGCAGUUGACUUUCUUCUCCAUCACAAAGCUAGAGUUGAUAUUGCAGAUAAGCAUGGCCUUACUGCAAUUCAUCUUGCUUCAUGGUCCGGUAAUUUGGAAAUAAUGCUGAUGUUAAUUAAAGCAGGAGCUGAUCAAAAAGCAAAGAACCAGGAAGGCAUGAAUGUCCUACAUUUUGCUGCUAAGAAUAAUAGUGUUAGAAUAGUGAAUUAUUUUAUCCGAGAUCUUCACCUGAUGGAACUCAAUAAACCCGAUGAGAAAGGGAGAACGCCAUUCCUCCUGGCAGCUGAAAUGGGCCAUGAAGAAAUGAUAAAUGAGUUGAUUACCCUUAAUUUAUUUACCUCAGAAACGGAUAAGGAAGGAAACACUGCCUUGCAUCUAGCAGCUAAAAAUGGCCAUGAUGAAGUGGUAGAGAUUCUUCUUCAGCAGUGGGAAGAUAUAAACAAAUUCAAUCAGAAUGGUGAAACACCAUUUUAUAUGGCUGUUGAAGGAGGCCAUGAAAAAUGUGCUGACCUUUUACUGGAAGCCGGAAGUGACAUCAAUAUUUUGAACAAACACAAUGCCAGUGCAUUGCAUAUUGCAACCCAAAAUGGACACACACCUUUGGUCAGAUUUCUUAUCAGUAAUAAUAUUGAUCUGGAUGCUCAGUCUCAGAAAAAUAAUUCUCCUCUACAUUUGGCUAUCACAAAAAAUAAUUUAUCAGUGAUAAAUAGCUUAAUAAAGGCAAACCAUAACAUAAAUUGCCUAAAUAAGAGACAUCAAACACCUUUACAUCUGGCAGCAGACCUUGGAAAUGUGGACGUGAUAGAAACACUGCUAAAAGCAGGCUGUGACUUCAGCAUGGUAGAUAAGCAAGGAAAAUCUGCACUUGCUGUAGCAUCUAGAAGCAAUCAUGCCUUAGUUGUAGACAUGAUUAUAAAAGCAGAGAGGUACUACACCUGGAAACAGGAGCAUCACUGUAAUGUGUCAGAUAUUAAUCUAUCUUUUAAACAAGAUCACAACAUGCAGACCAAACAGAUCCGUGCAUCUCUUUGGAAUCUAGCAUAUAAUAGGUUAAAAAUGCGUGAAUGGGUAAAACUGGCACAAUUUUGGAAGUUUACAGAUGAACAAAUCAAAGCAAUAGAAGAACAGUGGACAGGGAAAAAGAGCUACAAGGAACAUGGACACAGAAUGUUUCUUAUCUGGUUACAUGGUGUUUUGAUGGCUGGCCAGAAUCCCAUUAAAUAUUUAUAUGAGGAUCUGAUAAGUGCGGGAUUUCAACAAUUGGCUGAAAAAUUCAGAGCAGAAAAUAAUGCUGGCACAGAAUCCAAGAAAUGUUCAGUUUCAUGAAAUUCAAGGGAAUUUGGAGCAAUCAAAUAGGAUCAUAAAUGAGUAU